UCCCUCCUGUGUUUUUGUCCUUAGGUCUGCCUGUGAUUUCAGCUGUAGGGCUGAUCAACACUGGAAGCAGGGAAGGAGGAGAAAAUUGCACCAGAUCAGUGCAGGUCCAUCUCCAGCGGUGGCUGUGGUGGCCUUGGAGUGGCGGAAGAUUAUCACUUUCAACUUGUGUGCACUCAGGACCCAUCACCUUCCGUCGGCCUGAGUGCCUCGGCCCUCUGUCUGUAUCAUUGACAGAGGCUGUGUGUUUGGCAAGGGGACUGCGUGCCUGCUGAACCGACUGUUGACUCUAACUCUUGCUACAGAGUUUCCCUCUGACCGAGUGAAAGAGUGUCAAGACAUCGACCUGGGACAGGUUGAGAGCCAACGCCAAGACUGUAUAGGGCUACCUACAUAACUGGGCUUCAGCCAUGACUCGGAGUAGAAAUAAGGCCAAAACUGCAAAAAAGGCUGGUGUCGCAGCCGAAGCAAAGAGGGAGGCUGCUCGUGUAGCCAAGACCCCGGCCAAGGCAAAAGGCACGGCAGGGUCUCAGGCAGAUUCAGUGGCAGAGAUGAAGGCAGUGUCUAAGAACAAGGUUGUAAUUGAGAUGAAGGAAGGAUCCCUGGCAAAUUUCAGUCCCAAAGCUGAAGAUGAGGCCACUAGAGCAUCUCGGUUUUGUUGUGUGGCUGAGGCUAGUGCCAAGUCCAGGUCUAUGCGUAAAGAUAAGGCUGACAUCGGUGCCUGCUUCUGGGCUGGGGAAGGGACCAGUGUUGGUUCCGGGUUCUGGAAUGGAGAAGGGACUGGUAAUCGCUCCAAUGCUAAGGACGAAGAGAAAGCUGAUACUGGUCCCCCAUCCUGUGCUGAGAAGUUGGAGCCUGUGGUGGCCAGGGAUGACUGCAAGGCUGGGCCAGGUGCUAAGGGGGAGGAGGAGGAGGACGAGGAGAAUGUUAUCGGGAACUGGUUUUGGGAUGGAGACGAAACUAGUUUUGACCCUAAUCCUAGACCCGUGAGUAAGAUAGUUAGGCCCCAGCCUGUGGAUGAAAUUAAUGAAAAAAAUAGGCCCAAGGACUGGUCUGAGGUAACUAUCUGGCCCAAAGCCCCUGCUGUAACCCCAGCAGUGUUAGGAUUUAGAUCCCAAGUCCCAUCUGAGACAAGGCCCCCUUCAUAUAUCGUCCUGGCCUCGGCUGAGGAGAAUCCUCAGUCUUUGCCUGUGGCAACAGCAUGCUCUUCCAUGAGCACUCCUCCAUGCUCACAGCCUAUCCCUGAGUGCCCAUUUGGCUCUGACUCUUGCAUUCAGACCAUAGAGGAGAUUAGACGCCAAAUCAGGUUCAGGGAGGCGAAUGGGAUUAAGCCAUUUGCUUGCCCUUGCAAAAUGGAAUGCUACAUGAGUUCUGAGGAGUUUGAAAAACUUGUUACCUUACUCAAGUCAACUACUGAUCCUCUCAUUCAUAAAAUAGCUCAAAUUGCAAUGGGGGUCAUCAAUGUUCAUCCAUUUGCCCAAGAGUUCAUCAAUGAGGUGGGUGUAGUGACGCUUAUUGAAAGCUUGCUCAGUUUCCCUUCCUCUGAAAUGAGAAAAAAGGCCGUAAUUACUCUGAAUCCCCCUUGUGGGGAUGAAAGAGAACGCAAGGUUGCAUUACAUGUCAAGCAUAUGUGUGAGGAAACUGCGUGUUUUCCCUUGAACUCACCCGGACAGCAGUCUGGAUUAAAGAUACUAGGGCAACUGACUGCUGACUCUAACCAUCACCGUAUUGUUGCCAAUUACUUUUCCGAGCUUUUUCGCGUGCUGUCCCUGGGAAAUCGUAAAACCAGAAACCUUGUUUUGAAAGUACUAUUGAAUUUGUCUGAGAACCCAGCUGCAGCCAGAGACAUGAUCAGUACAAAGGCAUUAGCAGCAUUAAAACUCAUCUUUAACCAGAAAGAAGCAAAAGCCAAUCUGGUUAGUGCCGUGGCCAUAUUUAUUAACAUAAAAGAGCAUAUCAGAAAGGGCUUGAUUGUGGUUGUCGAUCACUUGAGUUAUAACACGCUCAUGGCCAUUUUCCGUGAAGUUAAAGUGAUUAUUGAGACAAUGUAAAAUGAGCCAGAAAUAAGAGCGAACACCUUUUGAACAGUCUCCA